GACAGCAAUUAGACUUCAGACCAGCCCAUUGCAGAGAAACCCACAUAAGACCCUGACCCCGGGCUCUGCGGCCGCUGUGGUCUGCUCAGAGCGAUGUGCGUGGAGGCUCAGUCAUGCUCACCGUGGACGAUGUUCUGGAGCAGGUCGGGGAGUUCGGCUGGUUCCAGAAGCAAGCCUUCCUGAUCCUGUGUCUGUUCUCGGCCGCCUUCGCCCCCAUCUACGUGGGCAUCGUCUUCCUGGCCUUCACCCCGGACCACCGCUGCCGGAGCCCCGGGGUGGCGGAGCUGAGCCGGCGAUGCGGCUGGAGCCUGGCGGAGGAACUCAACUACACAGUGCCCGGCCCGGGACCUGAGGGUCAGUGCCUCCGCUACGCGGUGGACUGGAACCAGAGCUCCCUCGGCUGCCUGGAACCGCUGGCCGGCCUGGCCGCCAACGGAAGCCCCCUGCCCCUGGGCCCCUGCGAUCAGGGCUGGGUGUACGACACGCCCGGCUCCUCCAUCGUGACUGAGUUUAACCUGGUGUGUGAUGACUCUUGGAAGGUGGACCUCUUUCAGUCCUGUGUGAACCUGGGCUUCUUCCUGGGCUCUCUGGGUGUCGGCUACAUCGCAGACAGGUUUGGCCGCAAAGUGUGCCUCUUCACCUCCACCCUCAUCAGCGCCGUCUUGGGCGUCCUCACGGCCGUGGCUCCAAACUACACGUCCCUGCUGCUCUUCCGCCUGCUGCAGGGGCUGGUCAGCAAGGGCAACUGGACGGCUGGCUACACCCUGAUCACAGAGUUCGUGGGUCUGGGCUACAGACGGACGGUGGCGAUCCUCUUCCAGUUGGCCUUCACCGUGGGGCUUGUGCUGCUCUCGGGACUGGCCUACAUCCUCCCGCACUGGCGCUGGCUGCAGCUGGCCGUCUCCCUGCCCGUCUUCCUGCUCCUCUUCUGCUACUGGUUUGUGCCCGAGUCCCCCCGAUGGCUGUUAUCGCAAAAGAGAAACACUCAGGCGAUAAAGAUCAUGGGCCACAUCGCCCAGAAGAACGGGAAGCUGCCUCCUGCCGACCUGAAGAUGCUGUCUCUCGAGGAGGACGUCACUGAGAAGCUGAGCCCCUCGUUCGUAGACCUGUUCCGCACGCCCAACCUGAGGAAGUACACCUUCAUUCUGAUGUACCUGUGGUUCACCAGCUCCGUGGUCUACCAGGGCCUAAUCAUGCACGUGGGCGCCACCGGCGGGAACCUCCACCUGGACUUCCUCUAUUCCGCCCUGGUCGAGUUCCCUGCGUCCUUCAUCAUCCUCGUCACCAUCGACCGCUUCGGCCGCCGCUACCCGCUGGCCAUGUCCAACCUGGCGGCGGGGCUGGCCUGCUUCAUCAUGGUCUUUAUCCCACACGAUCUGUCCUGGCUGAAUAUCGCGGUAGCUUGUGUCGGCCGAAUGGGGAUCACCAUCGUGUUCCAGAUGGUGUGUCUGGUCAAUGCCGAGCUGUUCCCUACGUUCAUCCGCGGCUUUGGGGCUGGUUGCCGGGGGAAUGACACUGCUUCUUCCAGAGACCAAGGGGAUCACUUUGCCAGAGACCAUCGAGGAUGCCGAGAACCUGCAGAGGAAAGCAAAACCCAAAGAAAACAAGAUUUACCUUCAGGUUCAAACAUCAGAACUCAACGCACAGGCACCCGAGAGAGAUGCUUCGCAGGGGACCGCGUGGCAGAAAUGAGGACCGAGUUCUCACCUGGAGAGAUGUUCAGAAGCCCUGAGCUCUUCCUCCCACCCGCCUGCCCUCAAACCAAUACCAGUUCUAAAGAGUGCUAACUGUGCUUUGUUCUAUUUUGUUUUCUUGAAGUCUCUCAAAGCUCUGGCUGUCUUUUAUCUGCUUAUCUUCUCUAGUGAGAGCUGUUGGUGGUUAGCAGGUACUUACUUAUCGAAAGUAUUUUGAAAGCCCAGUAGCACUUAAAUACUCUUAGACCAGAGGCGUCCGUCAUUGGUUUCCUAAAAUAAGAAUUGUUUUAUUCACUCUCUGUAAGAAAACGUCUUUGUAGGCAUCAUGUUGGCAAAAGUAUUUUAGCACGUAGGCUCCUUGGAGGACUACUGGUUUAUGAACAUGGUGACUCUUCCAGCCAACUCUACCCUAAGCAUGCUUAUACACCUGUGAUGGCACAAAACCGGCUCCUUAUUCCAAGACCAGAAGGUCUAUAAGACUUUUGGGGGGAAGAGUUUCUGUGACCCGCAUUUUAGGAAUGCUUUAUUCUAUUUCACUCUUGCUUUUAGUUCUUAUUGGUGAUUCUAGAAGAUGAAGUCAUUUGCGAACAAUGGAAUAUCACAGUGAACCUAUCAGAAAGAAGAGUUCAGCUUACUUCUUUUUAUAAUUUUUAAAAGACAUUUUUUUACUUCACUGACUGGCGUGUGGGAUCUUAGUUCCCUGACCACAGAUUGAACACAUGUCCCCUGUAUUGGAAGCGUGGAGUCAACCCACUGGACCACCGGGGAAGUCCCAAGUUCAAUUUACUCUGAGUUAGUAGUAACUGGCUCAAGUUCUAGUUCAAGAAGUGAUUUCGUUCCUGGAGAACACAGAAAGUUUAUUCAUUUUAAAAGUUCUUUACUCGUGAGACAAACCACAAAUGAGGACCCUUCAGAACACACUGUGGGAGAAAAGAUUCUAAUGCAAAUUGGAGGCGUGAUCAAAGACAUGUGGUUGUAUUAUAAACACUUCUGGCCAGAUUGGCUAACCCAAGGGAUGGCCUCGCGGACUUGAGAUGUCAGGAUUUCGUUCUGGGCAGCAUCUGAUCUUCCUUUGAGAGUGGACAUGGGCUAAUUGGAAACCUGAAACUCUGCUGUUGGUAAAAGAACAAAAACAAAAAAAUCAGCUAGAUUUGAAUUUUUAAAAUUGUAAAUAAAUAAAUAACCAAAACAAAA